AUGGAUGAAGAAUACGAUGUGAUCGUCUUGGGCACUGGUCUGACAGAAUGUAUCCUCUCAGGCCUUCUUUCCGUCGAAGGCAAGAAGGUCCUUCAUAUGGACAGAAACGACUAUUACGGGGGAGACAGCGCGAGCUUGAACCUUACUCAGUUGUAUCGCAAAUUCCGUCCAAAUCAAACACCUCCUACGGAACUCGGUCGUGACCGCGACUAUGCCGUCGACCUCGUACCCAAGUUUAUUAUUGCUUCUGGUGAAUUGACUAAGAUCCUUGUCCACACGGAUGUCACUCGAUACCUCGAGUUCAAGCAGAUUGCUGGAAGCUUUGUUUACCGAGAUGGGAAGAUAUCGAAGGUGCCCAGUACCGAGAUGGAGGCUGUUAGGAGCCCUUUGAUGGGUCUGUUUGAAAAGAGACGAGCCAAAAAGUUCUUUGAAUUUUUGCAAGGAUGGAGGGAUGCCGACCCUGCUACCCAUCAAGGUAUCAACCUUGAUAGAGACAGUAUGAAAACUGUCUACGAGAAAUUUGGACUUGAACCGGGAACUCAAGACUUCAUUGGGCAUGCUAUGGCACUUUACCUGGAUGACGACUAUAUCACAAAACCUGCCCGUGCAACCUACGACCGUAUCAUUCUCUAUACCUCCUCCAUGGCUAGGUAUGGGAAAUCACCAUACAUCUAUCCUCUGUACGGUCUUGGAGAGCUUCCCCAAUCAUUUGCCCGAUUGAGUGCUAUAUAUGGCGGUACCUACAUGUUGGACAAGCCCAUUGAUGCCAUUGUCACUGACGCCGAUGGUAAAUUUGUUGGCGUGACCAGCGGUGGUGAAACUGUAAAAGCCAAACAAGUCAUUGGUGACCCCAGCUACUUUGGGGGCAAUGGCGGUGAUGGUGGCAAAGUAAGGGUUGUUGAAGAGGGCAAGGUUGUUAGAGCUAUUUGCUUCCUCAAGCACCCAAUCCCAGGGACGGAGGAUUCCGACAGCUGUCAGAUCAUCAUCCCGCAAAACCAAGUUGGACGUCGAAACGACAUUUACAUCGCAAUGGUCUCCUCCACCCAUAAUGUUUGUGCUAAGGACAUCUACGUCGCUAUUGUCAGUACUAUCGUAGAAACAGACAAACCAGAACUUGAGAUCAGGCCCGGACUUGACUUACUCGGACCCAUUUAUGACAAAUUCGUCGAUAUCACCCCGUUAUACACACCCACCAGCUCUGGACAAACUGAUAACAUUUUCAUCACUCGUUCAUACGAUGCUACCUCCCAUUUCGAGACUGUUGUUGAAGAUGUUCAGGAUGUAUGGAAACGAGUAACUGGCUCAGACCUUGUCCUCAAGAAACGUGAUGUUGAAGUACAAGGAUAA